AUGCCCUGCAUGAUAGCGCGUCAUGCUAGUCCAAAUAAGCAGCCGGGUCUCGAAGGCUGCGCCUUGAGGUCGAGUACGGCGUCGGUCGAUCAGGUGCUCGAGCAUUGUCGCUUCCUGCGUGAUGAGGCACCAACAGGCGCGGGAUUGGUAGCGCGUGGAGACGGCAAGGUUUCGAUCAGCGAGGGUCGCGCGUGGCGAGCUCGACGCGCUUCGGCGCGGCGGUAUGCCAUGCUUGGUGCGCGCCGUGACGCUCUUCGCUUAGCUUGUCAUGGCGAGCUGAUGCAUGGAACGCGCAUCUUGGAGGCGGCCAACGACGACUCCGACAACAUGAUCACUUCACAAGCUGACGUCCAUCAAGUUGACGAAACCUUAGCUCCGAAUGCGCUCAGGCCAUUCCUUUCCCAUGCACUCGCUGCUCUGAUAUCAUACAAUGUACUGACCACGAAGAAAUUGAAUGGAAAUCCAAGUAGUGACAACAGCUGA